ACCGACCCCUUUUAUCUUGUCUCUGUAAUAAAAUUAUAAACCCCCUUUUUUGGCAUCUAUUUCUUGUAAAAAAAAAUCCCAAUAAAAUAUGCAUUUAUUAUAUAUAACCAAAUAAAUAAAAAACCUGCCACUUCUGCAUUGGUUUAUUCUCACAAGAAAUCUAUGGAAGUUCAACUGAAAAAUGCAAGAGAAAAGGUGAAGAACAAGAAGCAAGAAUCAAUGGUGGCUGAUGAUUCUUUUUCAUCAAAAUGGAGUGAAAAAAGAUUGGAUAAAGAUGAAGGGUUGAGGACUGUAGAGUGUUUAAGAGGCAGAUUGCUUGCUGAAAGAGCAGCCUCCAAGGCUGCUAAUGAUGAAUCUGAACAAAUUGGCAAAAAGGUUACUGAGCUUGAGAAACAAUUGAAAAUGGAGAUCAAAUCAAGAAACAAAGCCGAAAAGCGGCUGAAAAUCUUGAUGAAAAAGCUUGAAUCUUUGAACAUAUCAUAUGUAUCUGGAGAUGAAUGUUCAAGUAUUUCUGAAAGAAGUGAGAUUUCAUCAGUUUCUUCUUCUAAAUCUCAACAUCAGAUGGAACUGCAGAAGACCCAAAUCAGUAACAUCUCAAAAAGUGUCACGGACACACAUAUAUCUGGUAAAAGACAUAAUUGCCCUUUAGAUGAAGGUAAUUUGGGGUCUUUUGAUGAGGGUAUUUCUGGGAAUUCCAAUGACAAUGAGUGUCAAAAAGAUGGAGAUGAAGAUUUUUUAAAGAAAGAAGAUGAUAAUGGGUCAAACUAUUAUUCCACAAAGAACAAAAGUGACAAUGAAGAACAAAAUGAUCAAGACAAAUAUCAUAAUGUUGAUAACUCAAUGGCAUUGGUAUUGGUUGAGACUAAAGAGACCAUGACACCAAGCAAAGAUGAAGAUCACCAUGAAGACAUAUAUGAUACCUCCAUGGCAUUAGUUGUGGUUGAUUCUAAGGUUAAAGAAGAGAAACAAGAUGUGUCAAUUUCAAAUGGAAAUGUGAAAGAUGCACUUGAUGCUUUAAGGCAUGCUAGAGAGAGCCUUCAAGCUUCAAUUGAUAUGAGAAGAAAUGUGGGAUCAAACAUUCCUCAAGCUAGACUUGAUAGGAUCGCGUGUUAGAUAUAAAGUAGUCCUUAAUUAGUAUACACAAUGUCGUUUUUGUAUAUUGCUAGACCUCUUUAUCUUUCGAUAUGUAUAAUCAUAACUAAAUAUGUGUAACCAUGAUUAAAUAAGAACUAGAUGUUUGAUACAAAAUGAUAAUAAACACUCAUUAUAUGUAAAA